AUGGCCCAGCCCGGCGAGGAGGCUCUGCCCGGGCCCGAGACCGCGGUGCAGAUCCGCGUUGCCAUCCAGGAGGCCGAGGACGCGGAGGAGCUGGAAGAGGACGAGGAGGGCGCAGGGGCGCGCGGCGCGGGGCACCCGGCUCGGUACCUCAGCCCCGACUGGGGCAGCGCUAGCGAGGAGGAGCCCAGCCGCGGGCACAGUGGCACCACAAGUGGGGGCGAGAAUGACCAUGAGGACCUGGAGCAGGAGUGGAAGCCUCCAGACGAGGAGUUAAUCAGGAAACUGGUGGAUCAGAUCGAAUUCUACUUUUCCAAUGAAAACUUGGAAAAGGAUGCCUUCCUGCUAAAGCAUGUGAGGAGGAACAAGUUGGGAUAUGUGAGUGUUAAGCUACUCACAUCCUUCAAAAAGGUGAAACACCUUACACGGGACUGGAGAACCACAGCACAUGCCCUCAAGUACUCAUUGACCCUAGAGUUGAAUGAGGACCACCGGAAGGUGAGGAGGACCACCCCUGUCCCUGUCUUCCCCAAUGAGAAUCUCCCCAGCAAGAUGCUUCUGGUCUAUGAUCUCUACCUGUCCCCGAAGUUGUGGGCUCUGGGCACCCCUCAGAAGAAUGGGAGGGUGCAAGAGAAGGUGAUGGAACACCUACUCAAGCUCUUCGGGACCUUUGGUGUCAUUUCAUCAGUGAGGAUCCUCAAACCUGGGAGAGAGCUGCCCCCUGACAUUCGGAGGAUUAGCAGCCGGUACAGCCAGGUGGGGACCCAAGAAUGUGCCAUUGUGGAGUUCGAGGAGGUGGAAGCCGCCAUCAAAGCCUAUGAGUUUAUGAUCAUGGAAUCUCAGGGCAAGGAGAACAUGAAAGCUGUUCUGAUUGGUAUGAAGCCACCCAGAAAGAAACCUCCCAAAGACAAGACCCAUGAUGAGGAGCCCACUGCAAGCAUCCACUUGAACAAGUCCCUGAACAAGAGAAUUGAGGAGCUUCAAUACAUGGGUGACGAGUCUUCUGCUAACAGCUCCUCCGACCCUGAGAGCAAUCCCACAUCCCCUAUGGCUGGCCGGCGGCAUGUGGUCACCAAUAAGCUCAGCCCUUCUGGCCACCAGAAUAUCUUUCUGAGUCCAAAUGCCUCCCCAUGCUCAAGUCCUUGGAGCAGUCCCUUGGCUCAACGCAGAGGCUUUUCCAGAAAAUCCCCACUGGCUGAGGAAGGUAGGCUGAACUGUAGCACCAGUCCUGACAUCCUUCACAAGUGCAUGGAUUAUUCCUCCGAUAGCAGCGUCACUCCCUCUGGCAGCCCCUGGGUUCAGAGGCGCCGCCAAGCUGAGAUGGGGACACAGGAGAAGAGCCCCAGAGCGAGUCCCCUGCUUUCUCGGAAGAUGCAGACUGCAGAUGGGUUACCCGUGGGAGUGCUGAGAUUGCCCAGAGGCCCUGACAACACCAGAGGAUUCCAUGGUGCACACGAGAGGAGUAGGGCCCAAGUAUAA